AUGAAGUUCUCUGCUACCCUCAUCUCUGCUGCUUCCAUCCUUUUUGCUUCUUCAACAUCCGCUCAGGAUCACGGUGAAGAAUACUCUCAAACCAUGGGCCCUGUCGCCUUCCUCUGGCCCCCUGACAGAGACUGGUCUGAGAACACUGAAAAUGUCGCACCCUGCGGCUCCUCAGCCCAGGUCGGUAACCGCACUACUUUCCCCCUGACUGGCGGUAAGGUUCUGCUGGUGGCCCAAGACGAUGCAUGGGACAUUAAAGUCGCUAUUUCUUUCAAGUCUAACCCUACUUCCAUGAAUGACUUCCAGGAUUGGUUCUCCUCUAACAUUACCAACGAACUCGAGGUCGCUCACUCUUGUUACUCCACCCCUAACGUUCCUUCUACCGUCAAGGCCGGUGAUGUCGGUACAAUCCAGCUUAUCUACAAUGCCAUUGACGGUUCCUCCAACAUUUCCCACUACGCUUGUGCAGAUGUCCAGUUUGUCGAUGCUGAAGACUUUGUCAACUCCGGAUACUCUGCUUUCUGCUUCAAUACCACUGAAAGUGAGACAUCUCCUUCCGGUACUCCUGAUGAGAUCUCCAAUGCUGCUGCUAGCUCUGUCGCUUCCUCAAUUGCUUCGGCCGCUUCUACUUCUACUGCAGCUGCUUCUAAGGCUGCCUCUACCUCCUCUUCUGCAGGUGCUGCUCCUACCUUUGCUCUCUCUGGCUUUGCCAUGGUUGCCGGUGCCCUUGCUGCUUUCAUUUAG